AUGACUGGAGUUUGUCCACAGACAGAUCUAUGGAAGAAGCUGCAAUCAAAGGAUGAUGUUUCCCUCACCUAUUUUUACAGUCUUAUAGAGAAAUAUCUCUGUAUCGAGAACUCCGUGGUGGCACUCCACCGCCAUGACCUCGGCAGUUCGAGCAAUGUGCCAGAAGAGGCAAUUGAAGAUCUAAUCAAGCAAGGGCAUUUCAAGGAGUAUAUUGAUGACUCUGCUCCUGUAAGGGAGAAAAAUCGAGAGGAACAGGGCAAGAAGCGUCGUGAUCGCAAAGGUAUCUGUAGCGUGGGGUUAAUCUUUGGGGGACCACAUCUUGGGGGAAACUCGCAAGGUGCCCAAGAAAGAUAUGUUCACACAGCCCAUCAAAACGCUAUCCGUGUAAUGAACACGGUGCAGCAACCUCCAAAGGUUCACAAAGAGGAGGAAAUCACCUUCUCCGAAAAAGACGCAGUCCAAUUGCAUCAUCCCAACGAUGAUGCUCUCGUCAUUACGCCUCAGAUAGGGUGCUUCAACGUCCACAGAAUGUUGGUAGAUAAUGGAAGCAUUGUGAACAUCCUAUUCCAGCUAGCUUUCGAAAAAAUGAAAUUGGAUGAGGCCGACCUGAAGCCAACCUCAAUCCCCCUCUAUGAUUUUAGAAGGGAUCACUUGAUCCCCAAGGGAACGAUCUCACUUCCAGUCAUGCUGGGUGACUCUGAUGGGGUGACCAAGAUAACUGAAUUCUUGGUAAUAGAUUGCCUGUCCGCUUUUAAUGGCAUCCUGGGGCGACCUCUACUAAGGAACUUUCGAGCAGUCACUUCAAUCUACCAUCUCAAGAUGAAGUUUCCCACCCCGACGGAGAUAGAGGAAGUAAGUAGAUCGUAA